AUGGAAACUACAUAUAAGUAUUUCCACGUUAUUCUCCUAUGUCUGAGUAUUAACCUAUUCACCUAUGCGUGGUAUUCACCUGUUGAUGUAUAUGACAAAGUGGUCGAGCUAGUGUCGCCAGGAGAGGAAUACCUGGAUGAAAAGUCAGUUCGCUCCUUUUUCAAACUGUUAGAGAAGCGUGUGCAGUGCCCUGGUGUGUCGUGUGAAAAGUGCCUCUCUGUGCAGUCAGUAGACCAGCUGGUGGGUAACUUUACCAGCACUGGUGGUCUCCUUCACAACGAAGGCUUCUUCAGAGUAGCGGCAGGAUGCCACCUCUACCUCAGCUCUCCCACCGAGGCCUGCUCUGCCGUGAGGGCAGGGAGGUGGGGGGAUGAGACGGACCACCUCAUCCAGGAAAUCACAGGCCAUGACCACCACGGACACAGGCACAGGGAUGGGCAUGGACACGGAGACAUGGAGAGCAGUGGGAUAGAGACUCUACUCCGAAACAUGGAGAAGCACUACAAGCCUGAUCAGCAGUACGACCAGCACUGUCUCACUGGUCAAGACAUCUUAGAGGAGAGCAGCGCGUCAACUAGUGAUGGUGACCCUCACAACACGGAUGUGGUGUUUGGAUACAUAGUUUACCAUGCUUUACGAGGUGACUGCAUGACGGCCAGAGCACUACCUGAAGAGGACUAUUUUCUGGAUUUCAUAUUCAACCGCUUCAGCUCUGACAACAUCACUAUUCACGAGCUGGAAGGUAUUAUGAAGAGCCUGCAACUGGGUGGAAUCCACGAAGAGGACCACGAUCAUCAACAUGGAGAUCAAGAUGGACACGACAAUGACCAUAGUGACCACAGUACCGCUGGCGGGGGUCGAGGUGCUCAGAGUGGUUGGGGGGGUCGAGGUGGAAGUGCAGCCUUCAGGCAGAGUCACGAGGAGGGGUACCACCAGAGGAACAUCAGCAGCUGGGACCUGACAUGUUUCAGCCCAGAAGAACUGGUAAAGAUCCAUGGGCUGAAUGGAUCUAGCCUGUCCAGGUAUGACGUGGCCUGGCUUAGCCCAGCCCUGGUCCAGCAGAUCCUCAGUGGGGCCUGCAACAGCACCUCUCCCCCCACUGGACCAUCAGACCAGCUCAGCACCAUAGAGAAGUAUGUGUAUGCCACCAUCGCCAAUCUUCUGAUCUGUCUGGCCGCUGUGGUUGGCGUUGUGGUGCUGCUGUGUACUUCCUGUAGUAGCGUCUUCCAGCUCAUCAUCCAGUUCUGUGUCAGCCUGGCCGUGGGCUCCCUUACUGGGGACGCCCUGUUGCACCUCCUGCCUAUGUUCCUAGGCCUCCAUGUUCACAGUGAAGGAACAGACCACAGCCACUCAGAGGAGGUUCCAGACUACAUCUAUAAGAUACUGGUGCUGAUGGCUGGCAUCUACUGCUUCUAUCUCAUGGAGACUAUCUUCUCCAUCGUCACCAUGCACCAUGCCCCGCAUCACCAUGGGGUGGAGUCUGAGCCCCAUCACUGUGACCAUGGUAAAGUCCUGGAGAUGUACCUGCAGGACAAAAAGAACAAGCAGUCUGUAUCGCAGACAGAUCUGGUUGAUUGUAAUGACACAGAGAAAGCCUUUCCAGAACGAAACCAACACUCAAGAGAACAGCGUCUGCUACCCUACAUGGUUACCAUAGGGGACGGCAUACAUAACUUUGCCGAUGGCCUGGCUAUCGGAGCGGCCUUUUCUGUUUCCUGGAAUUCAGGUCUUGCCACGUCUCUGGCUGUGUUCUGUCAUGAGCUGCCUCACGAACUGGGUGACUUCGCUAUCCUGCUGCACAGCGGGGUGUCAGUGAAGAAGGCCUUGAUGCUGAACGUGGCCAGUGCCCUCACAUCCUUCAUCGGACUCUACAUCGCCCUCACCAUCUCUACUGACAUGGCCACCAAGCAGUGGAUCGCUGCCAUCACCUCUGGUCUCUUCCUGUACGUGGGUCUGGCUGAUAUGCUCCCCACCAUGAUCCAUGUGGACAACCGUAGGCCCUGGCUCAUGUUCCUGCUGCAGAACGUAGGACUGCUGUCUGGCUGGGGCAUCCUGCUGCUCCUCUCUCUAUAUGAGGAUACAAUUGGCUUCUAGAGCCUCCCAGUCAUAACACUGUACAGUACAAUACAAUUACAAAUGACACUAUGUAGGCUAUGCUAUAUUUCACCUGUUUUGAGAUUUUUACUGUAACACGCUUGGUAUUUCUAUGUGAUACAACAUUUCCUGACUACUUUUCUAGAUGUUAUAUACAGUAUGAGCAUCCAGGCUAGUUCUGGUGUAUCUUAUGCGUCUAACACAUAGAAGUAUAAUCUGUUGGUGUUCUGUGUGGACACAUCCUGCCGUUGGUGCUAAUGUUACUAUUUGAAGGGAUAUCAUCUGAAUGUGAUUAGUUCAAACUGUAAUUUAUACAACCUAUAUUUAUAAUGGGACUCACAGGUCCUCAGGCUACUUCCUCUCUAGUUGUCACACCUAUUGUAUUAACCUCAUGUACAGUGCCUUCAUAAAGUAUUCACACCCCUUGACUUUUUCCACAUUUUGUUGAGUUAACGCCUGAAUUGAAAAUGGAUAAAAAUUAGAUCUUGUGUCACUGGCUUAUAAAAAAUACCCCAUCAUGUCAAAGGGGAAUUAUGUUUUUAGAAAUGUUU